GCUUAAAAAACUCUGACAGACGAAUUUAGCAAUACAGAUUUCCUGUAACGGAUAUUCAUUAUUGAGAGAAGAUGAAUUCAAGAACAAAGAUUGCAAUAUAGGAAGAUAUGUUGUGAAAUAUUUUCUGCAACAGCAAAUCAAGCGUGUAAGAGACGAUCUUUCCAAAAGAAUCAGUCAUGGAAAACAAACCAAUGGUCAUGUGGGCCGGAGAUCCUGAAAUUUUUAGGAAAUUAGGGGAUACUAUGACAGCAUGCCUGCCGAAGGAACCUAUUGACUGGAUUCGACCUCAUGGAAGGCCAACAAGAGAAAUCUUCCUAAGUGCUACUUUUAUACCUUACUCUGCAGAUAGUUUGCCAAAUGAUAAUGCAUGGUAUCUAUUAGGUAGAACAUUCUUUCACAUUUUCUGGGUUGAUUGCGAUAUGGAUGAGUAUAAGUCCCGAGUUAAAAAGGAUUUAAUUGAUUGGCUGGCUUCCUUAAGAGAGAAAAAUAUCUUAGACUUUUUAGUUAUUGUCGUUAUGACGGAGGAAGCUAGAGUCAAAGCCAAAAUACUUCGAAAUUCCGUCUAUGAUAAAAUAAAAGCUGAUUUUUGUAAUAAAAGUCCCGAAAAGUGCAUCAUCUUAACAGAUCCUUUAAAAAGUUAUGGUAAAGCAACUGAGAGUUGGGCUUUAGUUUUCAAAAGAACCCGACAACUACUUUUGGAUGGUAUUACUAAUUGUUUAAUGAAAUUUGAAGACAAUAUGAGAGCCGAAAGAGAAGGAAGAAAUCAAUUGGGAUGGAGUUUCUUUAACUAUUUCCUUUUGCAGGAAGAACUAGCUUUCAUGUUUGAAAUGUUAAAGCUCUACGAUGAUGCUUUAUUACAAUACGACGAACUGGAUGCAUUAUUUACUCAAUUUAUUCAAAAUCAUAGUCAAGGUGAAACUCCUGAUUGGUUAAUUACAGAGAUGGCUAACGUUGAUAUUGAUAGAUAUGAAGGAGCUGAUCUAAAUAUAAGAUUUGAUGUUUUAAAACGGAAAAAGAUACAGGAUAGAUGCGUAUCGCUCUUAGACUUUCGCGUAUAUUUAUUUUCUAGACAAUGUACAUUAUUGAUUGUCUUAAAUCGAGCUCAUCAAGUUGUAGAAAGGGCACUACCAUUCAUCUAUAACACUAUAUUAGAAAUAAAAAUGUUAAAUCUUCAAAGUAAAUAUCCAGGAGCAGAGGAAUGCUGGGCAGUUCAAACUUGCCUUAAUAUUAUCAAUACUUGCAAUACAAAUGUACCGGAUAAAUCAGAAAGAUCUUACGCUCUCAGUAUAGCUCUAUUAAGAGAUUACGGCAGAAGAAAAAUGAAGAGUUUAUGUGAAAUUUUAAAUGCCACUCCAGAUAAAAGUAAUGAAAGCUAUAAUGUAGAUCUUGCAAAUAAAUUGAAAUCUUGCUUCCGAACAAAAAACGAUUCGGUUGCUGUUUGUAAUUUUGCGAAAGCUCUGGAUUCGAGACAAGAAAUAGAGAAAGCCUAUUUGGAAGAAUGUGAAUUAUCUAUGGGUAUAUUUAAGGCUGUUGGACGAUUACGAUCUGCCAGAAUGAUUGGAAGAGAGAUGGCGUUAUACUACAUAGAAAAAAAAGAAUAUGCGAAAGCUGAAAAUCUAUUAACUGAAGCUCUAAAAUCAUUCAAAGCCGAUAAAUGGGAUUGGUUAGCCGAUGAUACAAGAUUACAAAUAGUUGAAUGCCAAAAGAAGUUAAAUUCAGAUACAGUAUAUGCAAGAUCUUGUAUGUAUGUUGCCGCAAGUAAAUCCCUUCCGAUAGCGAAAAGAAAGCACUAUCAAUCUGAAUUUUUCGAAGUUGCCAAAAGAGUAUCAGAACCUAUGAUUGUAAGAUGUAGACCAAUAUUCGAUUUGGCAAGUAUGAUACCUAAAAAAGAUUGUUUUUCCUUGACCGAAGUUUGUGAAAUGACAAUUAAAAUUAUCAAUAAUUUAUCGGAGCCAGUUACAGUCAAAAGUAUUAAGAUAAUGACUUGUCGUGAAGAAUACAAGAAUACUUUGACUAGGCGAAGUAGUUUACCGAGUGUUGUAAGUCAGGAUUCGGUUAGCGACGUUAUGAGAAAUAUGUCUUGGGAUGUUGAAAAGAAGAAUGAUACAAUAUUAAAAGCAUCUGUGACAUGUAGAGAUCAAAUAAGUCCUCAAAAUUCUAAAAAUCUUAAGGACACAGACGGAAAAGAUAUUAAAAGUUUAGUUAUAAAAAACGUAACCGUUAUUAAUCCGGGAGAGAAUAUCCUGACUCUAACGGGCUUGAUGGAUCAAGUAGGAUUUUAUCAAUCAAGCCAAUUACAUAUCGAAACUGAUGGUCUAAUGUUUAUAAAAACAAUAAAUAAUUCAAAUAUACCCGACCUGAUUACACAUUUCAACGUUGACUACAAACAGCCUACUAUAAGGUUUUUUGCUGGUAUACCUAUGCAAUUAGAAUUCAAUAUUUAUACUGGUAGCGUUGAAUCACAUGAACAAACUCCAUUUGUAAUUCAAUUUCAAGGAGAUAAUUCAUUCGUUGAUUUACUUACAUCACAGUGUUCUUGCACACUUCAACCUUUUAAAUGCGAAGAAGUUUCUGCAAAAACAGUUGACAUACUCGCAAAUUUAAUUCCAUCAAUAGCAGAAUUUUUUACAAUAGCUAUCUCAUUCGAAAACGAAUGUCUAGGUUCUCAUCAGUUUCGUGUGGAAAUGCAGAAACUUCUAACAAUUGAGCAUAGACUCAAAGUGUCUGGUCACAAAACAUUUUGUCAAAUUACCAUAAGAAAUAAUCACGAUAAUGCACUGUUAGUAUCAUCACCUGAAUUAAUAUCUACCAAUCUAACAUUCGUCAAUUUAGGAACAUUGUCAGAGGUUUAUAUCUGCCCUGCAAAAACUGGUAAAUUUAUGCUGGAAGUAAGUAAAACUGACGGAAAAUAUGAAUGCCAACCUUGUGAAUUUGUGUGUAAAUAUUCAAUACCCAACGAACCGUUCGAAGGUAUUUGUAGACAAAAUUUGAAUCUAGAAUUUAUUGAAGCACUCUUCGAGGUGGAAGUUAAAACAGCUUCAACAGAACAUCAAGUUGUCUGUGGUAGGGAGUGCGAUCUAGUUAUUAUUAUAACUUGUUUAUCGUCUUCUUACAACGGUAAUGUUAUUUACGAAUUAAAUCGACAUAACAAUCAAUAUUGGAUGCUUUCUGGGCAGACCUCAGGUAUUUUUGAAGUGCACGACAGUAAAAUUAAUCACGACGUACUCUGUAAAGGUUUACCAAUGAGUUCUGGACUUAUUCCACUACCAGAUAUUGGUUUAAAGAUUUCAGAUUUAGAUGGAUACCGCUCUCUUCGAUCUGAAGAAAUUUAUUUCAAGAGUACUUGCAACAGGGUGAAAGUUAUCACAAGUACUGGUCAAUCCACGCUCGUAGUUAAAUAA